AUGAAGCUGGAGUACGGUGAAGAUGUUUGGCAUGACGUCCUGGAAAAGGCAUGUCUGGCAAGGAACACUAUUUUCUCGACGCAUCAAAUUUACCCGGACUCGAUCAUAGCUGACAUUGCCACAGCUUGCGCUGAACUGACCGGCUAUGGGUCCACGAAAAACGACUUCUUCGAGUUUUUCGGCCGCUGUUUCGUAAGGUUCUGGAGUCAUUAUGGGUACGACAAAUUCGUUCGGGCGAGUGGCAGAACGUUCCGGGAUUUCCUGCAGGGCAUCGACAACAUUCAUCAUCAAAUGCGGUUUGGGUACCCGAAAAUGAUCAGUCCCUCCAUGUUCGUGACGAAAGAGCAUGCCGGAGGAGCUCUCCUGCAUUACAAUGACAUCCCGGGAAUUUCUUCGUUUUCCGCGGGUAGAUCCAAGCGGAGCGGUUUCGCCACCUACGUGAUCGGACAACUGACGCAAGUGGCGUCAGAUUUCUACGACAUCGACUUGGACGUGGACAUAGUGGAGACCUCUAGCGACCAGAAGCUGACCACACACACAACCAUCUUCUCGUUGCGGUUUGAGAACACGGCUUUCUUGGAUAACCUCCAACAGCAGUUGAUGCGAGAGAAGGCUGUCGCGAAGAUGCCUGCCGUCAAAAGCGCGCUGUUCCUAAGCCUGUUCCCGUUCUGCGUCAUUUUCGAUCGUGGCAUGAUCAUCAUCAAUGCCGGGAUCAAGCUCAAGGAGCUCAUCGGGGCGGACGAUUUCGUCGGCAACAAAUUUGGGCAAUAUCUGACUAUCCGUCGCCCGAAAAUGGAAGGAGUUUACGAGGAGGUUCGUCAAGUUCGACUGAAGUCCGUGUAG